AUGUCGUCGAGUCGUACCUCCAAAGUUACAUUAGCCCGUCCUACCUAUGAGGCUGAUAAGGCACUAUACGACAAGUUAUUGGCAGGGAGCAGAGCCACAGAUUCUGUCACAACGCUCAUUGAGCUACUUACUCUUGCAUUUCGGGACCCAGACCAGUUUGAUCGUUGCGAGAGAGUCGGGAAGGACCCAUUCAUAUCAUUUGCCGAGAUCUGCUCUAUACAACCACACCUCUCUGCCAAGAAACCAACAGUCAAACCAUCUAUGUUAUCCAACACUAUUCUUGCUCCCAGUCGUCGAAGCUCUCGGAUUUCCGAGAAACGAAAACUGGAGUUGUCACAACCACUGCUUGGAAUAAUGUUCUUGGAGGAAAACACAAGUUCUGCACCCCACACUGGCUCCCGUGUGCCCUGUAAACGAAAGGCACCAUUGAAGGACAUUAAUAUACUAAACUGUAGCUCUGAAGAGCCAGUUCCAAAUAAGCCUGUCAAGCAAGUGCGCUUAAUAGUAAAUGAGCGACCGAAUCAGUCUUAG